GAAUCGUGAAUCUAUUCGUGUUGAUAUUUUAAAUUGAAACUUUCAGUGACAUUUUUUCCGUAAGAAUCCCAGUUAAUUGGGAUUGCAAAACAGUUGUAUUGUGAAGAGAACUGAAGAAAAAGAGAAAAAAGUGCGAUUAUGCAAAAUCGUAAAAAAAUACAUCGAGGUGUUUAAUUGGAUAUUGUGUAAAAGAAUUGAUGACAAAAUGCAAUGUAGAUCGAUUUUUAAGUGAAAAAAAGUUACGAAUAAUAACAAAAGCUGAUAGCAAAUACAAAGAAUAAAACAGAUUUUUUUGAAGAGAGAAAUCGAUUUUCAGUUGGCACAUUCAUUAUUUCACAUUGUUAAAUAUAUAUUGAAGCCGGGCGCAUCAAUUUUGUUGGAAAAUAUUGCACACAUUUAAAUCGAUAGUGUGAAUAAAGAACAAAACAUAAAAAUACUGGAUGAUGAAACAAUAGAUUGUAAAGUAAGAGCAUGAGCGUUGGCCUAAACGGUGACAUUUUCUGAAUAUAUGAAUCUAAAAAAGUGUCCAUUAUUCACAUACGCACGUAUGUGAAGAACCAGACAUCAUUUUCGUGACAUCGUCAUAGCUAAAACUUUCCAUUCGAGUUGACCACAAGAACAACAACAGAGGAAAAUGGCAAUUAACCAAACACUCAUAGAGAGAAAUAGAGAAAGAGAGAUGGAUAAAAUGGAAAGAUGAGCGUAAAAUAAAGGGUAGUUUUAAUAAAAUGGAAUCACAUUAAGUUGUUGCAGACAGAGAGAGAAAGAGAGAGCGAUAAAAGUGAUAGAGAAUUUUUUUCCUGCAAAUAUAGACAAAUUGAAUCCCGUAUAAAGGGGGGGAAAAGAGUAAAAGCAAGACAAAGUGCACGGAAUAGUACAAUGAGCGAUAAAGAGACUUUGAACAAAAAUGAAGUGAUUAGAUAUUGUAAUUGCAGCAAUUAUCUCGACAUGCCGACACAAUUGUCGCAUUAUUAUUCAUCGAUUGUAUUAUAAGUACGCGAAUGGAAGAUAUUUUAGCAUUUCCGAUGCGUGUGCAAUCAAAAGUCCUUCAGCUUAUUGUUUUAAUUGUGACAAAAUUCAUUCGUAUUGGUAUUGCUGACAAAAACGAUAAUCCACCAUAUUUUGAUAAGGCACUUUAUGAGGCUGAAGUUGAUGAAAAUGAGGAUAUUCAGCAUACCGUACUUACAGUUACCGCCAAGGAUCACGAUGAAUCAUCGCGUAUUCGAUAUGAGAUCACGAGCGGUAACAUAGGUGGUGCAUUUGCUGUGAAAAAUAUGACAGGAGCGAUUUAUGUCGCUGGCGCUCUUGAUUACGAAACGAGAAAACGAUACGAACUUCGUUUAGCGGCAUCCGAUAAUUUAAAGGAAAACUACACAACAGUUGUUAUUCAUGUUAAAGACGUCAAUGAUAAUCCACCAGUAUUUGAACGGCCAACGUAUCGCACACAAAUUACAGAAGAAGAUGAUCGAAAUCUACCAAAGCGAGUCCUACAGGUGACUGCCAGUGAUGGAGAUAAAGAUAGAGUCCAAAAUAUUGUAUACUUCUUAACCGGACAAGGUAUUGAUCCAGAUAAUCCAGCUAAUAGCAAAUUCGAUAUAAAUCGAACGACGGGUGAAAUUUUCGUGUUGAAGCCAUUGGAUCGAGAUCAACCGAAUGGGCGACCUCAGUGGCGUUUCACUGUUUUUGCACAAGAUGAAGGUGGCGAAGGUCUUGUUGGAUAUGCUGAUGUACAAGUGAAUCUAAAGGAUAUCAACGAUAAUGCACCGUUAUUCCCGCAAGGCGUUUAUUUCGGUAAUGUCACCGAAAAUGGAACAGCUGGAAUGGUAGUGAUGACAAUGACAGCGGUGGAUUAUGAUGAUCCGAACGAAGGUUCAAAUGCAAAAUUAAUCUAUUCGAUUGAGAAAAAUGUGAUAGAAGAAGAGACCGGUUCGCCAAUAUUUGAAAUUGAACCCGAUACCGGUGUUAUCAAAACAGCCGUUUGUUGCUUGGAUCGUGAACGAACACCAGAUUAUUCAAUACAAGUUGUGGCAAUGGAUGGUGGGGGGUUGAAAGGGACGGGGACAGCAUCUAUACGAGUUAAAGAUAUAAACGAUAUGCCGCCACAGUUCACAAAAGACGAAUGGUUUACAGAGGUCGAUGAGACAGAUGGUACCAAUUUGCCGGAAAUGCCUAUUCUCACGGUAACUGUGCAUGAUGAAGACGAGACAAACAAAUUCCAGUACAAAGUGAUUGACAAUAGUGGUUAUGGUGCGGACAAAUUUACAAUGGUGCGUAACAAUGAUGGUACGGGCAGUUUAAAAAUUGUUCAACCACUCGACUAUGAAGAUCAACUACAAAGCAAUGGAUUCCGUUUCCGAAUUCAAGUAAAUGACAAAGGUGAAGAUAACGAUAAUGAUAAAUAUCACGUUGCUUAUUCAUGGGUUGUUGUCAAAUUGCGCGAUAUUAACGAUAACAAACCGGUCUACGAACGAGCAAACAUCGAAGUACAAGUCUAUGAAAAUACGGAAGUUGGCAAAACAUUAGAGAAAUUUGUUGCAACUGAUCCAGAUCAAGGUGGAAAGAGUAAGGUAUCAUUUGCAAUUGACCGGACAUCCGAUCGACAGAGACAAUUUUCAAUUAACCAAGAAGGUGUUGUUAAGAUUCAACGGUCUUUGGACCGUGAAGUUAUCCCAAGACAUCAAGUUAAAAUAUUGGCUAUUGAUGAUGGUAUACCACCAAAAACGGCCACUGCUACACUUACUGUGAUUGUACAAGAUAUCAACGAUAAUGCUCCAAAAUUCCUGAAAGACUAUCGACCCGUCUUACCCGAACACGUUCCCCCACGAAAAGUAGUCGAAAUUUUAGCUACUGACGAUGAUGAUAGAUCGAAGAGCAAUGGACCACCAUUCCAAUUCCGAUUGGAUCCUGGCGCUGACGAUAUCAUUCGAGCUUCAUUCAAAGUUGAACAAGAUCAAAAGGGUGCAAAUGGUGAUGGUAUGGCAAUUGUGUCAUCGUUGCGUUCAUUCGACCGUGAACAACAAAAGGAGUAUUUGAUUCCAAUUGUAAUAAAAGAUCAUGGAACGCCAGCAAUGACUGGUACGAGUACGCUAACUGUGAUUAUUGGUGAUGUAAAUGAUAAUAAAAUGCAACCAGGUUCGAAAGAAAUAUUUGUAUACAAUUAUCAAGGGCAAGCACCGGAUACGCAAGUCGGUCGUGUUUAUGUGUACGAUUUGGAUGAUUGGGAUUUGCCGGAUAAAAAAUUCUAUUGGGAAUCUCAAGAGCACGAGCACUUUAAAUUGGAUGAAGACACUGGCAUGAUAAUAAUGAAACAAAACACACCUGAAGGAACAUACUUUUUGAGAUUUAAAGUUUAUGAUCGAAAACAUACACAAACUGAUGUAGCGGCAAAUGUAACAGUAACGGUACGUGAAAUACCACACGAAGCUGUAGUCAAUUCCGGUUCAAUUCGAAUAGCUGGCAUAACUGAUGAAGAUUUCAUUCGUGUGUGGAAUUAUCGAACACAGAGUUUAUCACGAAGUAAAUUAGAUAAAUUCAAGGAUAAAUUGGCUGAUUUGUUGAAUACAGAGCGUGAAAAUGUCGAUGUAUUUAGUGUACAAUUGCGUAGAAAGCAUCCACCACUAACCGAUGUCCGAUUCUCCGCCCAUGGUUCACCAUAUUAUAAACCAGUCCGUUUGAAUGGCAUUGUUUUGAUGCAUCGCGAAGAAAUUGAAAAGGAUGUUGGAAUUAAUAUCACAAUGGUUGGCAUCGAUGAAUGUUUGUACGAAAAUCAAAUGUGUGAAGGUUCAUGCACAAAUACACUUGAUAUCAGUUCAUUGCCAUACAUGGUGAAUGCAAAUAAAACGGCAUUGGUUGGUAUUCGAAUUGACGUAUUGGCGGAUUGUACUUGUGGCGCUAGAAACUUUACCAAAGCCGAAUCAUGUCGAAAUAAUUUAUGCUACAAUGGCGGGCGUUGUGUGGAGACAAGAUAUGGACCGACAUGUUCAUGUCCGGCAGGCUAUACAGGUCCACGUUGUCAACAAACAACACGAAGUUUCCGCGGAACUGGUUGGGCAUGGUAUCCACCACUUGAAAUGUGUGAUCAUUCACAUUUGAGCUUUGAAUUCAUUACACGAAAAUCUGAAGGACUUUUAAUUUAUAAUGGUCCGAUUGUACCGCCUGAACGCGACGAAUUGCUUGUUUCCGAUUUUAUUUCAGUGGAAAUGGAACGCGGUUAUCCAAGAAUGUUGAUUGAUUUCGGAUCGGGUACGCUUGAAUUGAAAGUUAAAACAAAGAAAACUUUGGACGACGGUGAAUGGCAUCGAUUGGAUAUAUUUUGGGAUACGGAAACCGUUCGAAUGGUUGUCGACUAUUGUAAGUCGGCUGAAGUAUCAGAAAUGGAAGACGGUUCACCGCCUGAAUUUGACGAUUCAUCAUGUCAAGCACGUGGAACAAUACCACCAUUUAAUGAAUACCUAAAUGUAAAUGCACCACUUCAAAUUGGCGGUUUGUAUCGUGAACAAUUCGAUCCACAAAUGUAUUUAUGGCAUUAUAUGCCAACGGGAAAAGGUUUCGAUGGUUGUAUACGCAAUUUAAUGCAUAACAGUAAAUUAUACGAUUUAGCACAUCCAGGAUUGUCAAGAAAUAGUGUUGCCGGUUGUCCACAAACUGAAGACGUAUGCAGCCAAAGUGAACAAACAGCAAAAUGUUGGGAGCAUGGUUCAUGCAUUGGAAGCUUCAGUGAAGCACGUUGUCAAUGCCGACCAGGAUGGACUGGACCAUCAUGUAAUAUUCCAACUAUUCCGACCACAUUCAAAGCACAAAGUUAUGUAAAAUAUGCAUUGAGCUUUGAACCAGAUCGUUUCAAUACACAAAUUCAACUAAGAUUCCGUACACGCGAACAACACGGUGAAUUGUUCAGAGUGAGUGAUCAACACAAUCGUGAAUAUGGCAUUUUAGAAAUUAAAGAUGCUCGUCUGCAUUUCCGUUAUAAUUUGAACUCAUUGAGAACGGAAGAGAAAGAUUUAUGGCUUAAUGCGGUUUUGGUUGAUGACGGUCAAUGGCAUGUAGUCCGUGUUAAUCGAUAUGGAUCAGCUGCAAUGCUUGAACUCGAUGGCGGUGAAGGUCGACGUUACAACGAAACAUUCGAAUUUGAAGGGCAUCAAUGGUUAUUUGUUGACAAACAGGAAGGUGUUUAUGCUGGUGGAAAGGCUGAAUACACUGGCGUUCGAACAUUCGAAGUAUAUGCCGACUAUCAAAAAAGUUGUUUGGAUGAUAUUAGAUUGGAAGGUAAACAUUUACCAUUGCCACCUGCAAUGAACGGCACCCAAUGGGGUCAAGCGACUAUGGCACGAAAUCUCGAACGUAAUUGCCCGUCAAAUAAACCCUGUUCAAAUGUUAUUUGUCCCGAUCCAUUCGAAUGUAUUGAUUUGUGGAAUGAAUAUGAGUGCACUUGUGGCGAGGGUCGUGUUAUGUCAACUGAUCAGAAAGGAUGCACGGACCGAAAUGAAUGUUUGGAUUUGCCAUGCUUAAAUGGAGCAGUGUGUGUCAAUAUGGAACCAAAAUUCCGCUACCGUUGCAUUUGUCCUGACGGUUUCUGGGGUGAAAACUGUGAAUCGAUUCAAGAAGGUCAAACGCUCAAACUUAGCAUGGGUGCUCUGGCUGCAAUUCUUGUCUGUCUUCUCGUCAUUUUAAUCCUUGUGCUCAUAUUUGUUGUGUACAGUCGACGACGUGAAGCACACAUCAAGUAUCCAGGUCCCGAUGAUGAUGUGAGAGAAAAUAUUAUCAACUACGAUGAUGAAGGUGGUGGCGAAGAUGAUAUGACAGCAUUCGACAUCACACCAUUACAAAUUCCCAUUGGUGGUCCGAUGCCAGAGUUAACCAACUGUAAAAUGCCGAUCAUGUAUCCGGUAAUGACAUUGGGUCCAAAUCAAGAGCCAAAUGUUGGAAUGUUCAUUGAUGAACACAAGAAGAGAGCCGACGCUGAUCCAAAUGCUCCGCCAUUCGACGAUUUGAGAAAUUAUGCCUAUGAAGGUGGCGGCAGCACCGCUGGCUCACUCAGUUCAUUAGCAUCAGGCACUGAUGAUGAAGACCAAGAGUAUGAUUGCUUGGAGCGUUGGGGACCUCGUUUUGAUAAAUUAUCAACCAUGUACGGACAACGAACUGAGACAACAAUACCUGAACUAGAUGAACUAUAAAUUUCCAAAGAUCAACUAUACCGCAUAAGUAUUUAUAAAGUGACAUAAAAUGAUGAAUUGCAUAUAUGUCAGGAAAACGACUGAAGUCAUCAUCGAAAAGAUAACGAGUAGCAGCAGCAAAAACCAAUACAGUUUUUUUAAGAAAUUAGAAACAAACAUUACGAUCAACUGCAAACAAGAGAAGAGAAAAACAAUUCCACAACAAUAAAUUAUGUUUAUAUUAAUUCUUCUUAAGAUUAUGUCAUUCAAGGCACUAAACAACACAAAUCUCACACAAUUUGAGCAAAGCAUUUUCCUUUUUGUAAUUAUACAAUUAAAUAAUAAGUAAACGAGAUAGGAAAGCAAACAGUGCAAGCCAAUCAUUUUUACUUAACCAUAUGUAAACUCAAUAACGUCUGAUGAUCAUAGACUUAAACACGAGAAAUAAAAACGGACAAAUAUGCAGUAGACUUAGAGCAAAAAUGAAAUACAAAUACAAACAACUCUAUAUUUUCACCUGUUACAGAAUUAUUGAACAAACAACCACACACACACACAUCCUACAAUGACAUUUUAUAACCCGUUUCUUGUCUAACAGUUGAAUAUUUUUUUUAUUUUCAUUAAGAAUUUUUAACAAAACUGACAAAAUAUUUCGCGAUAUAGCACACUUUUUUAUAUACAGUUUACUCUCAAAUGCAUUCGAAUGUUUCGUUUCUUAUUCAAAAGAUAAAAAAUUAACAGAUCAAUGAUUUUGAUGCUUUUUUCUAAAAAAGUAGAAUCUCAUUAUUUGAACUGCAUCAUUUUUACGCGUAAAAUCGAUUUAAAAAAAAUUCAUUCAAAUCUCAUGUGUCUUCAUUAACACACCGCAACAUUUCGUAUGUUCGAUUAUUGAUGCAGAAGACACAAAGCUAAUAUGUCAAGUAAAAAUUUAAAAUUAAGUAAAAAGUUUUGAGCUGAAACCAAAUUUCGAGUAAACAAAUAUUUAGUCGAAUUCAGAUUAGGAAAAAAAAUGUAAAAUUUUACUCAACGGAUAAAAAAAAGUAAAAUUUUAUAGAAAAAAGUAAAGUACAUAUGUCACCAAAAAAUAUAAACAUCAGUCGUUUUAUGUACGUAUUUUAAGUAUAUGAAACAUUUUAUGGGAAAAAAAAAUUAAUCAAAUUGGUUUAUAAGAAUGAAAAAAAAACAUUUGUCUGUCGUCCCAAGCGAACUUGGCCCAUAUUCUUUUAAAAAAAAGUAUCAUUCAAUUAGAAAUAUUAAAAAAAUGGGUUCCAAAUAGAGAAAAAAACGCUUAACUUAUACAAUCCACGCGCCCGACUAAUAGAAAAUCCAAUUACAUGAAGAACGAGUAAAGAGGAUUUUUUUGCCUAACGUUUAAAUGUUAUAUGGUAAUUGUAAAUAGUUAAUGAUAAUCAAUGGUAAAAAAAAAUUGAGCAUUCACACAUUUAUUCAUUUUGUUUUCCAUUCGAUCCACAUCAUCAUCAUCAUUUAUCAUAUAUCACAUAUAUAUUUCAUUUUUGACAAUUAUUGUUAAUUCCACAUAAAUGUAAUCGCACACUUUGUCAUCGCGGUGAUGCACACACCACAAUCACAUCUAUAAGUAAAUCUUUAAUCGAAAAUAGCAAAAAUCACACAUUCACUCACCCCACACACAUUAUAAUAAAUCAUCAUAUUAAUUUGUUUUAACAGGUUGACGUUCUGUAUUGUCAUAUGUAGAAAACUAUUUAGACACAGGUUAAUGUUAGUCGCCGAAAAGACUAUUAAAGUUAAGUAAAGGAAGAAGAAGAUAAAAACCAGAAGGAAAUAAUGAAUGUCGUUGAAAAUGAGUAGAUUUACCAAAAUAAUUACGUAAAAUACUGUCAAAUUCUCUUUUCAAAACAGUCACAAAUUUUCUUUUAUGAUAAACUGAUUUUAAUUUAAAAAAAAACUAUAAUAGAUAGUGAUCAACCAACUUCCAUCUGCAAAUAAUUGCAAAAUUCAUACAAUUAUCGUCGACAUUCACAAAUUUUUUUUUCGGUUAAAUUAUUCAUCCAGUUCAGCGAAAUACGAAAACAUAGCGAAUGUCAAUUGAAAUCUCCAUUUCCAUUUUAUCCAGUCAAGUAAAACCAACCAGAUAAUGAAGAAAAAUUAUAAGUAAAUCUUACUAUUAUAAAAUUAAUCCUCAGAGUAAAUAAAUACAAAAAAAAAAAAUCAUAUAUAUGAAAAUUAUAUUUAAAUAAGGAAUGUUAUCUAGAAGCACUUGAAAUAAAGUAAUAAAUAAAAACUAUGUUACAGAAUUGCAUAUUGACGUGAGAAUAAAAUGUAAAAAAAUAAAUAUGGUCACCAAAAUGAGAUGCGUGUAUGUACACUCGAAUGCACAUUCAAUAAAGUGGAUAAUGCAAAGAACCAUACAAAUUGAAAAUAAAAAUAAAUCACCAAAAAAAUUACAAUGAAUAUGGCAUAAAACACAUUUGAACGAUGUUAACAUUAACACGAUAUUAAGAAGUAAUUGUUCAUAUAGAAUGUGUGUGAGAAUGGAAUAGUCUUUUGAAUUGAGAAAACCAAUUAAACAAAAUGAAAUGAUUGGCAAUCGAUAAAAAGAAUACUAUAUUUGCCAUAUUGCAAUCGUAGUUAAAUUACAUAGAUUCGACUCAAUUUAUGAGCAAAACGUUAGUUUUUACACACCUAUCAUAUAUUUAUAAAAGAAUUCCAUGUAGUUCAUCUAUCUAAACAAAAAUGUAUAUUCGUUAAAUUUUGAGAAAAGCGAAUAUCGAUAUUGACUCUUCCUCUCCUCCAUCCAAGGUUUGAGCUAUAUUUCAACACUGCGAAAAUACAAACCGAACAAAUUCAAACACCUAUGUCAAGUAUUCACCAAUCAUUUUCAACAUUUUCAAUUGCACAAUCCAUUUUGACGGACGAUAAUUAAGACUAACACAAAAUAGUUCAUAAAAUAUAUCAAAAGGAAAUGCUCAAUUUAAAUUUAAGAUUUGUUUAUGAUUUUUUAAAAGAAAAAAAAAAACAAACAAACAAAACUAUGGUCAGUUUGUCACGUCUUUAUGUCGUUCAUUUCACGUAUACCAAAGGAUUUUUGAUGGUUUUUAUUUCAUCAUCAUUAAGUUUAAAUGCAUUUUUAAACGAAUUUUUCCGAAGUUUUUCUUCAAUAUGAGAAUAUCUUUUUGAUUUAGACUUAACAUUUUUUGAGAAUAUGAACAUUGAACUUACAUAAUACAUCGAAAUCAAUAAAAACAACUGCCGCGUUAGUACUAAUUUUUCAUAGUAAACUUUUACAAAUCAAUGGAAAUAUAUACUGUAAAAACAAACUCUGGCGAGAAAAAAAACCACUCAUGAACUUUCGAACGCAAAAUCUUCACGCAGUUUUUAUACCAUUUAUUUGACAGGUCAUGCUCAUGAGUAAUUCCAUAUGAUAUGUUAUUCAGCCAUAGUUCCCAUUUUUUUUUAUUUUACUCAAUUAAAAGACCAUAGAAAUGAGUUUCAAUCAAAACUGAUUAAAGAGGACGCAAUUAGUGUAUGUUAUUAAACAGUUCAAUUUAUUAGUUUUCAAUGCGACACAAAUAUUUGUGUCUUCUUUAAAUUUAAGUGAGUUAAUGGGCUAAAAUUUCGAAAUAUCCUGUCAACCAAAAACCAAAAAGAAAAAUGGACAAAAUUGCAAAUUAAAUGCAUUUUGAAUGAAAGAAGAAAAAAAAGCAACAACAAUAUCUGAUUCUGAUCGAUUCUCUCGGGCUAUAAUUCGGUUGGAGAUAGAAAACAAAAUGUCAACUCAAAAUCGAGCGUGAAGCCAACGAAAAGAUUAGUCAUCGGUGUUCUCUUAUGAAUUUAGUGAACAUACAUUUUUUUUCCAAAGUCUUAUUUUUAAAGUACGUAAAACUUCGGUUAGUGUUUUUCAAUUUAAAUGUAAACACCUUAUUUCGCCAAGGGGCAAACUACUACAGUUUUGUAAUUCUCAUAAUUCAAUCUAGUACCUCGAUAAUUCCAAAUAAUUCUGUAUAAUUCCAUACAAUGCCGCAUAAUUCUCAAUAGUUUUUGAAGUGUUUUAAAUAGUUGCAACUAAACAUGUUUAUUUAUAUAAUUUUUUUCGAUGAAUAUUCAUUUUUCAAUGAUAACAUUUUCCAUAUUUUUUGUUCAAAGUUAGAAUAUUUAAAUAUUUUGUUUGAAUUCAUUUCAUUAGUUAUCAUCGAUUUCACAAAGCAAAACAUUCAGCGCAAAAGAGAACUGACAAUUGCAUCUGAAGUGAGUGACAACUCUAAUACAUGCGCACACUACUCCUCUUCGUCUCUGUGAUGUAAACGCUUAACGUACAUGUCCUGAUUGUGCAUGUAUUGUUUCUUUCACACAAUCGCUUCUCUGUUUUGCAUUGAAUGUUUUGCUCCGUAAAAUCGAUGACAACUAAUAAAACGAAAUCCAACAAAUUAUUUUAAUACAAAACUACACACACUUUUUACUAUUAACAAAACUGUGGAAAAAUGUUAUCAUUAAAAUAUGAAUAUUCAUCGAAAUUUUUUUUAUAAAUAAACAACUAUUUAAAACACUUCAAAAACUGUUGAGAAUUAUGCGGCAUUGUAUGGAAUUAUACGGAAUUAUUUAGAAUUAUCGGGGUACUAGAUUGAAUUGUAAGAAUUACGAAACUGUAGUAGUAUGCCCCUUGUAUUUCGCGCAUUUUUUUAUGUUUCAUUAUCAAACAUUUUCAUUCUUAACAUUAGUUUUCUCCCAAAUGCACUUAAGUUAGUAUGUGUUACCUUCUGUGAUUUUGUAUAUUAUAUUUUAAUUUUGUUAAGACAUUUCAUUAAAAUUUUUCGUUCAAAUAUAUUUCACGAAGAAGAAGAAGAAAAGAAAAACUCGAGCAUUGUAUAAAUAACCAAAAGCUGAACUAUCAUUAAAACCGAAUAGAACUUCAGAAAGUUGUCAUCAAGCAUAAACGCAAUUCAUUGUUCCGUUUUUUAACUCCCUCAUUAUGUUUAGGCGCGCUAAAUAUGCAAAGAUUCAACCACAUUCAUUGUAAUUUUUAUUAAUUAAUUUAAAUAAAACGAUGUAAGAAAUUAAGAGACAAAAUGAGAAAAUAGCAGUUAAGGAAAAAUAAAGUAAACACGUUA